CCAUUCCAGGUUCCAACAAAGUUCACUUUAGACCUAUCCACCUCCACCUCCACCUCCACUGUUUUUCAGUGACUCUUCUAGCUCUUUGUCUAUAUAACGCAUAUACGUAUAUGUACUUCAACAAAUUGUGCGUAUUUCCAUGUUGGGUUUUCUCAUUUUCUUAGUCUCCUUACUUUUCUUGAGAGAGAAAGAUGGCUCUUGAAGUCGUAAACAUUGCAGAAGAUGGUUAUCGACCCUCUGAAUACGAAGACGAUGAUUACAAUGGGAAUUUCGCUAGUAGGAAAGUGGAGGUAUUGAACAAUUUCACUGGGGAAAUCAAGAAGAAGAGGAUAACGAAAAGGAAAAGGAAAAGAAAAAGGGGAAAUUGUGAUUCUCAAGAAAAUUCGGAGGACCCUUUAGUCGUAUUUGGUAGGGAUAUCAUGUUAAUGAUACUAAACAAUCUCGACGCACGCAGCGUGGCACUAUCACUUUUGGUCUCUCGUAGCUGGCAUGGAGUCGCUUCCAGUGAUGCCAUCUGGUCUAAAAAGUGUGAAGAAUUAUGGGCUAGCAAAGCACAUCUACCUCGUGUCUCCCAAACAGAGGGAUUGUCAAAGUUGGCUGCUUACUCCUUAUCUGUUAUGGAUGGAAAACGUAGCCAAAUCAUGAAGGAAGACUUGUGGGAUCAUGCUUGGGAGUUUCACUUUAAAAAGGCAUCACCAGAAUUCUGGCGGAACUUGGAUCCAUACUGGAAAGGAACAGGCAGACCAAUGCGUCGCUACUUUCAUCCGGAUGGUAGUCAAACUGCGGAUCCUGGUGACAAGGUGUGGGGUGGACAUGAGUGUUGUUACUCCAUUGUUACAAGUUUCUUGGCAGAUGGGAAGAUUAGGAAGCAUUAUGUUAGGAUCAACAGGUGGCCACAGAUGUUGAUUUCAAGGGGAUGUGAUUGGGGGUGGAAGAUGUCUAAUGAGCUUUUCUGCUACUCGAGUGUUCCAGAUGCUGAAAAAAAAGGUGGCACUGGUCCUUGUUUUGUUUGAUAGUUUGGGAGAUUUUGUGUUGUUUAAAUGUAGUUGAAGUUGUUUUUGUUUGGUUGUUAGUGAUUGUGAAUUCGUGUUUGUUGGUAAAUGUAUGAAUGUAAAAUAAAUAAUGAUUUGCUUGUUAUAA